AUGAAGCUGGGACUCCUCUGUGCUCUGCUGUCUCUGCUGGCAGGGCAUGGCCGGGCAGACACCCGGGCCAUCGGGGCCGAGGAAUGUCGCCCCAACUCCCAGCCUUGGCAGGCCGGCCUCUUCCACCUCACCCGGCUCUUCUGUGGGGCCACCCUCAUCAGUGACCGCUGGCUGCUUACAGCUGCCCACUGCCACAAGCCGUAUCUGUGGGUCCGCCUUGGAGAGCACCACCUCUGGAAAUGGGAGGGUCCAGAGCAGCUGUUCCGCGUCACGGACUUCUUCCCCCACCCUGGCUUCAACAAGGACCUCAGUGCCAAUGACCACAAUGAUGACAUCAUGCUGAUCCGUCUGCCCAGGCAGGCACGUCUGAGUCCUGCUGUGCAGCCCCUCAACCUCAGCCAGACCUGUGUCUCCCCAGGCACGCAGUGUCUCAUCUCAGGCUGGGGGGCCGUGACCAGCCCCAAGGCGCUGUUUCCAGUCACACUGCAGUGUGCCAACAUCAGCAUCCUGGAGAACAAACUCUGUCACUGGGCAUACCCGGGCCACAUCUCGGACAGCAUGCUCUGUGCGGGCCUGUGGGAGGGGGGCAGAGGUUCCUGCCAGGGUGACUCUGGGGGCCCCCUGGUUUGCAACGGAACCUUGGCAGGUGUGGUAUCCGGGGGUGGUGAGCCCUGCUCCAGACCCCGGCACCCCGCAGUCUACACCAGCGUAUGCCACUACUUAGACUGGAUCCAAGCAACCAUGGAGAACUGACCCCUCGCGCCUCGGGGGCACCUUGGAAACCCAAGAGAGGCCGCAGGGCACGGGGUAGGCGGUUCCCGAAGGGUUCCAGCCUCAAUGGUGCCCACCCUUGAUCUCCAGCUGCCCUGAGACCCCGCCCCUGAGGCUCCGCUUCCUCACAAGGUCAACCCAAGACACAGUCGCGCCCCCCUCAGAACGGAGCAGGGACACGCCCUUCAGAGCCCGGUUCUACCACGGACAACUGUCACUGCUCUCUUGGAACAGCACAGCCUGUGGCUCCGCCCCAAGGAAUCACGUACACAAAAUAGCUCCGCCCCUCAGAACUUUGUCCAAUGGGACUUCCUCUCGGGACUCCACCCCUUGUGUCCCCGCCUCCUGCACCAGAGAUCCCGCCCCGCCCCAUGAGGUCAGGGGCGCAGUUCCUGCGCCCACGUGGAGCUCGGGCUCCGCCCCUCGUGGCCCAGACGCAAGUGUCCUAGGUUUGAAUCCUGGCGGGGACUUGAGGGGAAAUUGAGGGAGGGUCUCGAUACCUUUAGAGCUAAUGGAUGAUUUUACAGUAAACAUGAAA